CUCAAAAGAAGGGGACAUGACAGAAUGACAGGAUAUGGAUGUUUCAACAAGAUGAAGGGUGAAAUGUGAAAUUAGCAACUCAUAUUCCUCGCCCCUGUGUUAAACGACAACCAUCGGGAACCAGGCGUAAUUGUUAAACAUAAUGAAUUAUUAAGAGCGGCGUCUAUUAACAAGGCUUGACUCUUUCUUGAAGCCCCAAUGGAGCAGGAUGUGGAAAGUCCGGCAGUCAUCACCCGAAAGCCCAAGCUACCCAAGCAGGCUCGCGAGGACCUGCCCAAGCAGCUGGUAGACCAGGUGCGGGCAAAGAGGAAGAUCCAGAGGUACGUCCGUAAGGACGGCAAAUGUAAUGUCCACCAUGGCAACGUCCAGGAGACCUAUCGCUACCUGACGGACAUCUUCACCACACUGGUGGACCUCAAGUGGAGGUUCAACCUCUUCAUCUUUGUCUUGGUGUACACAGUGACAUGGCUCUUAUUUGGCUUCGCAUGGUGGCUCAUCGCCUAUGUCCGUGGUGACCUGGAACACAUAGGGGACAACCAGUGGACUCCCUGUGUCAAUAAUCUCAACGGUUUUGUCUCAGCUUUUCUCUUCUCCAUAGAGACAGAGACAACCAUAGGGUACGGCUAUAGGGUUAUAACAGACCAAUGCCCCGAGGGGAUCCUUCUGCUGUUGAUUCAGUCAGUGCUGGGGUCCAUAGUUAAUGCCUUCAUGGUGGGCUGCAUGUUUGUCAAGAUCUCACAACCGAAGAAGCGGGCAGAAACAUUAGUGUUCUCCACCAGCGCUGUCAUCUCCGUAAGGGAUGGCCGGCUGUGUCUGAUGUUCAGGGUGGGGGACCUUCGGAACUCGCACAUCGUGGAGGCCUCAAUCAGGGCCAAGCUGAUCAAGUCCAAGCAGACCAAGGAAGGGGAGUUCAUACCCCUCAACCAGACAGACAUGAAUGUGGGUUAUGACACGGGGGAUGACAGGCUCUUCCUGGUGUCCCCGCUCAUCAUCUGUCAUGAAAUCAAUCAGAACAGCCCCUUCUGGGAGAUCUCCCAGGCCGACCUUGACAAAGAGGACCUGGAGAUUGUGGUCAUUCUGGAGGGCAUGGUGGAGGCUACAGGGAUGACGUGCCAGGCCAGGAGCUCGUACGUGACUAGCGAGAUCAAGUGGGGCUACCGCUUCAUGCCCGUGCUCACACUGGAGGAUGGCUUCUACGAGGUGGACUACAACAGCUUCCACGACAUCCAUGAGACCAACACACCCAGUUGCAGUGCCAGAGAGCUGACCGAGAUGAAUUGCCGCGCCCGCCUGCCCCUUACCUGGUCUGUGGCCAGCAAGCUCAGCCAGCAGGGGGUGCUGGAACCUGAAGGCCGCGAGAAGAAGAGUACUACUACCCUGGUAACCCAGGUGGAGGGGCUGGAGGAACAGACAGAGAGGAAUGGUGACAUUGCUAACAUAGAGAGCGAGUCCAAAGUGUAAAGGGGAGCGAGAGAACCUAGGGCCAGGGGGGCUGUGUGAACCGUACUGUGGCAUCUCUUCUCAUGACUGGCUGACCAGGUGAGCUGGUCCCAGGUUAGAGGUCAGGGCCAGGGCAGAAAAGGGGACGGUCUAGCCCGAGGAGCCCUGCAACAAGGACAGCUUAGGCCCUCAUCGGGUCAUUUACCCUCCAAAGAUAGCUGGUAAACGACAAUGGCUGGACUGGAAAUAUC